ACAUCCCUUAUUCCUGCCAAAGCAUCGCCGCGUGGCUGCGGGCGGGACCCGUUCAACCACCGAAAACUCAACGGGGCGAGCCAGGCAAAGGGCGCAGAAUCAGAGAGGGACAAAAGCAGAGAGGGCUUCAGCAACUGCGCCCCUGGGAAAAGAGCAGAACACCAUGGCCACUCUCAAGGAGAAGCUGAUGACCCCCAUCGCCUCGGGAGCCACGGCCCCCAACAGCAAGGUCACAAUUGUGGGCACUGGGCAGGUCGGGAUGGCCGCUGCCAUCAGCAUCCUUGGAAAGGGUCUUUGUGAUGAACUUGCUCUGGUUGAUGUUGUGGAAGACAGACUGAAAGGAGAAAUGAUGGACCUACAGCACGGGAGCUUGUUCCUUCACACUCACAAGAUCGUGGCAGACAAAGAUUACGCUGUGACAGCCAACUCCAAGAUCGUGGUCCUGACUGCAGGGGUUCGUCAGCAGGAGGGGGAGAGUCGCCUCAACCUGGUCCAGAGGAACGUGAAUGUCUUCAAAUUCAUCGUUCCUCAGGUGGUGAAGUACAGCCCCAACUGCAUCAUCAUUGUGGUUUCCAAUCCAGUGGAUAUCUUGACCUAUGUCACGUGGAAGCUGAGUGGCCUGCCAAAAAACCGCGUGAUUGGAAGUGGCUGCAAUCUGGACACGGCCAGGUUUCGCUAUCUGAUGUCCGAGAGGCUUGGGAUCCAUCCCAGCAGCUGCCAUGGCUGGAUCUUGGGAGAGCACGGUGAUUCCAGCGUGGCUGUUUGGAGCGGAAUUAACGUGGCAGGGGUGAAUCUCCAGCAGCUGAAUCCUGCCAUGGGAACUGACAAAGACCCUGAGAACUGGAAGGAGGUCCACAAGAAAGUGGUUGACAGUGCCUAUGAGGUGAUCAAACUGAAGGGAUACACAAACUGGGCUAUUGGCCUUAGUGUUGCUGACCUCUGUGAGACCAUGCUGAAGAACUUGCACAGGAUUCAUUCGAUCUCAACACUGGUGAAGGGCAUGUAUGGCAUUGAGAAUGACGUCUUCUUGAGCCUGCCUUCUGUCCUAAGUGCCUCUGGAUUGACGAGUGUCAUCAACCAAAAGCUGAAGGACGAUGAGGUGACUCAGCUGAGGAAGAGCGCGGAUACCCUGUGGAACAUCCAGAAGGACAUCAAAGACCUGUAACUCAUAAAUGCCAGAUUCCAGCCAUAGAAAAACCAGCAUGUUGUGUGCAGAUAUGGGCUCUACUCACUCUACAUCUCCAAAGUUAACAUUAAAUGCUCUUCCAGACGGUUCAUGGUAGCUAAACUUAACGCUUGCUGUAAACGCACAAACCUUACGAACAAAUAAAGCAAUUUUCAGGCA